AUUCCCACAGAUAACAGGAUCCGGUAGGGGCUCCGUUACAACACUACCGAUAGAGGAGGAGAGAUAGCAUCAGUUCGAAGAAUGGGGAAGACGGUGGAGAUAUUGGAGACCGGCUUGGUGACUCCGAGCGACGACACCCCAAAGCAUGAGAUCUGGCUAUCAAACCUGGAUCUAUUGGUGGCCCGGGGUCACACGCCAACGGUCUAUUUCUACCGGCCCAACGGGGCCCCCAACUUCUUCUCGGCGGAGGCCAUGAAGGCGGCUCUGGGCAAGGCUUUGGUGCCAUUCUACCCGCUGGCCGGCCGGCUUGGGGUGAGCCGGGAGGGCCGGGUCGAGAUCCAGUGCACAGGGGAGGGGGUUCUCUUCGUCGUUGCCCGCUCCGACUCGACGGUUGAUGAGUUUGGGGACUUCGCGCCAUCGACGGAGAUGAGGCAGUUGCUGGUGCCGUCGGUGGAGUCCGGCGACCCACCGUGCAUCUUAGUCAUGUUUCAGGUAACGUUCUUCAAGUGUGGUGGGGUGUGCUUGGGCGCCGCCGUGCAUCACACCGCCGCAGACGGGCUCGGCGCACUACACUUCGCCAACUCAUGGGCCGAAAUUGCCCGAGGCAUCGAGCUCGCCGUCCCCCCUUACCUCGACCGCACCCUUCUCCGAGCUCGGUCUCCACCGACCGUGCUCCUCGACCAUGUCGAAUACUCGCAGAAGCCGCAAGCGAAGCCUUCCAGCGGCAGCAAAUGCCCCUUCGACUCCGCCAUCCUAAAGCUAUCCAAGAACCAGCUCAAUUCCCUCAAGAACGUCGGCGGCGGCAAGAAGCCCCUCUCCACCUUCAAAGCGGUCGUCGCCCACGUGUGGCGUUGCGCGUGCAAGGCCCGCCAGCUUUCAAGCGAUCUGGAAACCCGACUGUACAUGACCGCCGAUGCGCGCGCUCGCGUUAAGCCCCCACUUCCAGAAGGCUAUCUCGGCAACGCCAUCUUCAGGACGUCGGCAGUUGCGACGGCCGGAGAAGUCUUGUCCAAUCCACUCGAGUUCAGCGCGGACAUGAUCCAUGGUGCAACCGUUCGAUUAAAUGACGAAUUCAUCCGGUCGCUCGUAGACUACUUGGAGCAGCUCGAGGAUGUGAGGGGGUUGCAGAAGGGUAGGUGGGCGAUGCCGGGCACUGAUCUGUGGGUGAUCAGCUGGCAGGGGCUGCCGAUCUAUGAGGCCGACUUUGGAUGGGGGAAGCCAGUGUUCAUGGGGCGCGCGUGCCUGCAAUUCAGUGGGCUGGUGUACAUCAUGAACAACCCCGGAGACGAUGGUGGUCUCUCGUUGGCGGUGGCGCUGGAGCCGGAGAAUAUGCCGAGGCUCAGGAAGAUAUUCUAUGACGAGUUGGCUGGCUUCUGAAACUUUUUGAGCUCUUGCCUUCAGGUGCUUGUCGCUGUUUAGCUGGAUUAUUGACUCGCAUGCUAAUAAGUUUGGUUCUGGAAUUUACUUUCAGCAUAUUUGAGUUUUGGCGGUUGUCAUUUUUUAUUCCGCCUGGGCAAUUUUAAGGGUUUAUUGAUGUUUCAGCGUAAUUCAGUUUUAAAUAUCCUGAUUGUGAUAACCUGCAAAAGGUGUGCCUGUACAUUAAUUUGCACUAUAGUCUAAUCCAAAAUACGUAUCCAAA